AUGAGAAACGCGGGUGGGUGGAGGGGGGGGGGAGACUUCCAAGGAGACCCUGCAGGUCCCCAACUUCGCAGCCGGAUCCCACGUACCCUGCCGGUGGGUCCCAGGGAAGGCGCUUCCACGAGAGGCCCUUUAACAUUCAGUUUUUUAGUCAUUUCAAAGUAGGGAUCAAGAUUCACACUGCAGAAUGCAGAAACCCCCACCUCGCUUGUCGUCAGUCUGCAAUAAGAUGGGGGGGGGGCCCUUGAUGCAGAGUCCUUGGCCCAGAUGGAGAAGGGAGGGCAGCCCUAGAGCGCAGAAGCAGGCAGGGAGAGGGAGGGCGGUCUCGGUGCCCUCGGCUUGCCAAGGGUUAAAAGGAGCAGAGCGGGAUUCCUAGAGAGGACAGGAAGGGGAGGGCAGGGUCCUCCCGAGCAGAAGCCCCUCCCUGCCCAGUCCCUUCCUGCAAGCAAAGAGGAGGCUGCUUUGUUCUCUCUGCUUUGCAAAAACUUCUGGUGAGUCUCUUCUCUCUUCCCCCUUGGGGUGCAGCGGGAAGGAGGGGGUCCCAGGGCUGCAAGGGAGGAGGCAAGGGGCCCCCCGUUCGGCUCAUGCAUGGAGGGGGGGAGACCCCCAAGUCAGGGAGCAGAGGGUCCUGCCCCCAGUUCCUCUCUGCCAAGCCAGGGAGGGGCUGAGUGUCCAGCAGGUCUGCAACUCUGUUCUUCCUUUGGAUCAAGAUGCUGCCUUCCUUUUUGGGGAGGAGUCUUUGGGGCAACAAAAAGAGGGCAUGCAAAUAAGCCCCCUUCAGAUUGAGGGGAAAGUCGCAUUUCAUAACACAGAGAAGCAUCCAAGGACUCCGAGGAAGGAGAAGCCCUGUGGAGUGGGGAGAUACAGCCCCCCCCCAAGUGUGGAGACUGGAGGGGAGACCCUCUCCCACCAUCUACUCAAAUACAAUUCCCAGAGUUCCCUGGCAAGAAGGGUGGAUUGGUGACCACUCUGGGAAUUGCAGUCUUUGGGCAGCAGGGCUGAAGCUGUCUCCUUGCAACUCUCAGGGUCCUGAACCAAUUCUGGCUCCCAGGAUUCUUGGGAGGAGUCACUAGGGCCAGGUGAGAUCUGGUUUCCAACCUUGUGAUGGAUCAGCAGCUAAACAUCUGCCCCCUCCCAGCUGAGGAAGUGCACAGACUGGCAUGUGCCACUCUUGGGAGCAGGAGCUGCAUCCAGCCUUGCUCAGCUCAACAUUUUUAGGAAGACCAAGCCCCUCCUGCCCUGGCAAGGCACUGGGGUGAAGCUGCAACACCAUCAGCAUCCUGUGUGAAUAAUAAUAAUAAUAAUAUUUACCUGCCACCCAUCUGACUGCGUUUCCCCAGACACUCUGGGCGGCUUCCAGCACAUAUAAUAUACAGGGCUGCCUUCAGGUGUCUUCUAUUUUUAUUUUUUUUUAAUAAUAUUUGUUAAGAGUUUAAAGAUUACAAAAAGAGGAAAAAAGUUAAACAAUACAAUACAAUACAAUACAAUACAAAAAAACAAAAACACUACUUAUACACUAAUCUUAACAAAACAAAAACAAAAAACAAUUAAAAACACAUCCAAUAAUUCCGUAUCUUAUCUUUCAUUUACUUGUUUCAUCGACCUCCUGACACCUCACUUUUUUGUAUUCCAGUUCAGUUAGCUGUUUCAGCAAAUCCUUUCCAUCUUCCUCAGUUUUCUGUCCUAUAAUUUAUCUUAACACAAUCUAGCCUUAUUUUCCCCUUUAAUCCAUUAACAAUCUAUUUUUACUUAAUUCUUUGCAACAUUUCUGCUAAAGCCAUAUAACUUCAAUCCAACAUCAUUCUAACAUUCAUUAAUUUUACAGUAUUUCUGUAAAUAGUCUUUAAAUUUUUUCUAAUCUUCUUCCACCGACUCUUCUUCCUGGUCCCGGAUUCUGCCAGUCAUUUCUGCCAGUUCCAUGUAGUCCAUCAACUUCAUCUGCCAUUCUUCCCGGGUGGGUAAAUCUUGUGUCUUCCAAUACUUUGUGAUGAGUAUUCUUGCUGCUGUUGUAGCAUACAUAAAGAAAGUUCUAUCCUUCUUUGGCACCAGUUGGCCGACCGUGCCCAGGAGAAAGGCCUCUGGUUUCUUCAGGAAGGUAUAUUUAAAUACCUUUUUCAUUUCGUUAUAAAUCAUCUCCCAGAAUGUCUUAAUCCUUGGGCACGUCCACCAAAGGUGAAAGAAUGUACUUUCAGUCUCAUUACAUUUCCAACAUUUAUUGUCAGGUAAGUUAUAAAUUUUUGCAAGCUUGACUGGUGUCAUGUACCACCUGUAAAUCAUUUUCAUUAAAUUCUCUCUUAAGGCAUUACAUGCCGUAAACUUCAUACCUGUGGUCCAUAACUGUUCCCAGUCAGCCAUCAUAAUGUUGUGUCCAACAUCUUGUGCCCAUUUAAUCAUAGCAAAUUUCACCGUUUCAUCCUGAGUGUUCCAUUUCAACAGCAAGUUAUACAUUCUUGACAAAUUCUUAGUUUUGGGAUCUAACAAUUCUGUUUCCAAUUUUGAUUUUUCCACCUGGAAGCCAAGUUUUUUGUCCAAAUUAUAUGCCUCCAUUAUUUGGUAGUAAUGGAGCCAGUCUCACACUCUAUUUUUUAAUUUUUCAAAGUUCUGCAGUUUUAUUCUGUCUCCCUCUUGUUCCAGAAUUUCCCAAUAUUUCGGCCAUUUGGCCUCCAUAUUGAGUUUUUUCUGAGCCUUCGCUUCCAUCGGUGACAACCAUCUUGGGGUUUUAUUUUCUAACAAAUCCUUAUAUCUUAUCCAGACAUUAAACAGUGCUUUUCUGACAAUAUGGUUUUUAAACGCUUUAUGUGCUUUAACUUUGUCGUACCACAAAUAUGCAUGCCAACCAAAUACAUUGUUGAAACCUUCUAAGUCCAGCACAUCAGUGUUUUCAAGAAGCAGCCAUUCUCUCAGCCAGCAAAAAGCGGCUGAUUCAUAAUAAAGUUUAAGGUCUGGCAGGGCAAAUCCACCUCUUUCUUUAGCAUCAGUUAAUAUCUUAAAUUUUAUUCGAGGCUUCUUGCCCUGCCAGACAAAUCUAGAGAUAUCUCUCUGCCACUUCUUGAAACAGUCCAUUUUGUCCAAGAUUUGCAAUGUAUGAAACAAAAACAGCAUCCUUGGCAAUAUGUUCAUUUUAACCGCAGCAAUACGGCCCAGCAGUGAAAGCUUCAAAUUUGACCAAAUUUCUAAAUCUUUUUUCACUUCAGCCCAACAUUUUUCAUAGUUAUCUUUAAAUAAAUUCCCAUUUUUUGCUGUCAAGUUGAUCCCCAAGUAUUUAACUUUCUUAACCACUGUUAAACCUGUCUCAUUCUGAAACCUCUCUCUCUCUAUUGGUGUUAAAUUUUUCUCUAAAACCUUAGUUUUUACCUUAUUCAAUUUAAAUCCUGCAACUUGACCAAAUUCUUGAAUCAAUUCUAAAACCCUCUUGGUACUAGAUUCUGGCUCCUGUAACGUCAGUACUAAGUCAUCUGCAAAUGCUCUCAAUUUGUACUGUUUGGCUCCGACCUGUAUACCUUUAACCAACUGGUCCCUUCUAAUCAUGUUCAGCAAAACCUCCAGGACCGAAAUAAAAAGCAAUGGGGAAAUUGGGCAACCUUGUCGUGUCCCUUUUUCUAUCUUAAAUUCUUCCGUCACCACAUUAUUUACAAUUAAUUUAGCCUUUUGUUCUGAAUAAAUUGCACUUAUACUGUUUUCAAAGCCUUGGCCUACCCCCAUACCCUGUAGGUUCUGACGGAUCUAUUUUUUCCUUUCCAUCUGCCAUAACACUUAAGAAAUUCAAGGUCAGUCCCACAGUCACACAAUUUUUAUCUUACAGCUGGAAAUUCCCCUAAUCCAGCUCUUGUAACAGUUUCAAAAGCUUCCUCUAGGGGGAAACAGUUGCUAUUUGUAUUUGUAUUAAUCCGUAAUGUCGCCUUUUAAGACACAGUUCAAACAAUAAAGUUAGUUUCAGUUUUCAGCUACUUUUACUCCUUUUUGAGAUCAGACGGAGACAGUUAAAACAAUGUAUCUCUCUUAUUUAGCUAGCUGUCAGCGAACGUUCUAUUCACAGUCAAUAAACAUUCCAAAGUACAUCAGUCUUAUUGGCAGCCCGUUUCCAGGUUCUGAGCGGUGGUAUUUUAACUUCCUUCCCUCUCUCUUGCAGGCAUAUACGAUCCAGAACUUCCCCCCUCUUCUCCCGCUUCCAAGGGGGGUUUAAUAUUUUUCACUGCUGGAAAUUUAGUCCUUUACAGUAGGCUUUCCAAGACUUUAGCUUGCAGCCUCUUUGCUUCAGUCUAUUUACAAAAGGGGAAGGCGGACUUCCUGUUUUGAGCCUCCCCGUUUCGGUGCCAAAUUAAGUCUUUUUAAAAAUCCAAUUCUUCACUCUACUCACGGGUAGUUGCUUUAAGAUCAAAUUGUCCACAGGAAAAAGUCAGCGCUCUCCGGCAACGGCUGUGAGGCUUCGCUCCGUGGAAGAAGCAGUCGAUUCAAAGCACCGCGCCGCUCACCCCACGUCGCUCCGGAUCCCCGAAACCGGGUUUCCCCGUGAGUAGGGGAGGCGCAAAAGGUGCCCGCCAAAUCCCACGUUCACAGGCUUCACCCGCCUGUGAUUUUUGAUGGGUCUCCGCCUUCGCCGUGGCGGCCAGACCCGAUUUCCACGAGGCAAAUUGCUCCCGAUCAGAGGAAUUCCGCCAUUACCAAAGGCGCUAACCCGGAAGUGCCUUCAGGUGUCUUCUAAAGGUUACAUAGUUACUCAUCUCCUUGACAUCUAAUUGGAGCGUGUUCCACAGGGAGGGCGCCACUACCCAUAAGGCCCUCAGCCUGCUUCCCUGUAACUUCUCUUCUUGCACUGAGGGAACCACCAGAAGGCCCUUGGUGCUGGACCUCAGUGUUCAGGCUGAAUAAUGGGGGUGGAGAUGCUCCUUCGGGUAUAGUGGGCCAAGGCCGUUUAGGGCUUUAAAGGUCAGCAUCAACACUUUGAAUUCUGCUUGGAAACAUACUGGAAACCAAUGUAGAUCCUUUAGGAGUGGUCUUACAUGGUUCCAGCAGCCACUCCCAGUCAUCAGUCUAGCCUCUGCAUUCUGCAGAACACUAAGUGAAUGACACAGAAGUUGCUGCAGACUAAAGUUAGAAAAGCUUUAAUUGCUACAAAUGGUAUAAGGAAACAUGAUAAGGAAUUAAGGGAAAAGAUGGUGUUGACCUAGAGUGGUUACAAAAUUUCUGGUCUCUCCCUGAGUGCCAUGGGCCCUCCUCCAAAGAGAGCUUCUCUAAAGAAAGCACAACCAAAAAUCACUCCAUUUUGCGUGAAUAAGGAAAAUAAUUCAUUUUGCGUGAAUAAGGGUCUCUCAGCAGCUCUAAUGAUGAGCAGAAAGAGGUUUGGGGCCCAGCCAGCUCAACUGCUAAGUCAUCUCUUGCAUUGAGUCGUGGGGGCACCUACAUGUAAUAGCUACUCGGCUGUAUUCUGCCGAUGCUCUGGGGUUCCAGUUUUCAGGCUUGGGGGACAGGAUGGUGCCUGGUUUUUGCACCAAGUUCUAUCCAUAACCCCACUGAGUUCAAUGGGGUCCACUCUCAGUCACUACUGUGCAUACCAUGUCAGCCUUACGAAGUGGGGUGAGGUGCAAACAGAUUAAGUUGGAAUCAUUGUAGAUGUUUCAAAUGGGGUUUCUGUUGGGAAGGGGCUGCCCCAUUUGUGCUUCUUCAGGAGCAGGGGAAUAUCUAGGGCAGGAGAAUCCCUGCAGGGCCUCUGAGGCUCCCUUUGUUUCUUCCUCUCUCCCAGGACCCUGCAGCUUGUGGUGGCUUCUUGACUCCUCAGGAAGGAUGAAAGAGACUGAAUCUGUAAACCUAGCGAGGAUGGAAGGGGGAAGAUGGACAGUUGACCUGGUCAGGUUGUCUCCUGCAUCCCUCCUCACAGCCUCUGAGCGUUCCCUCCCAGGGACCUCCGAGGGAUCUGGUGAGUGCCAGGGGAGGGGAGAUGGGGACAUGGAUGGAUGGGGCUGGAGAGGUACUGGGGCUUGCUCAGCUUGGGGGUGGGAUGAGGCAGGCAGGCGGAUGGAGAUUGAGAAGGUGAGCACCUUUUUGGGCUCCUCCACCUGCCUUCCAGCGCCUUUGACAUCUGCAGGGAAUUUGAGCUAGGAAUACAUCACAGCUCCCCGGCUACCACGAUGUAUUGGCGCCAGUACUGUGCUCUGAAUGCCCUACCAAUGUCAGAGAACUCACCGAUCCAUUGCGCAGCACUAGAAGCCAUGAUUCUUUAAAUUACCUGAUCCUAAUUUCAGGACUGAUUGCCGAUGGGGCCUCUGUGUUUUCCCUUUUUCUUUUCUUUUAGAAAUUACUUUUCAUUUUCUUUUAAAAACAAGGAUCAUAUAAGACUAAUAUAUGAUACAAAUAUGUAGACUAAAUAAAUUUGCAGGAAUAACAUGUUGUUCCUCGUUGAUGAUCAGUGUAUGAGUUCUGGGUUCAUGAAUUGGUAUAAAUUGAAACAAAAAAGGGUAAACAGCGGAGAACAGAGAACAUUCAACAUCGCAUAGCCGAAUUCCUAGUCAGAAGCUCUUGUGGCCGUUGGGCUUAGAUUAAGUGUGAGUAAUAGUCAUUUUCCAUCUUCUGUUACCAAUUAAACUAUACAGAGUUGGUCUCCUCAUGAAAAUGAGAGGAGAUUCAAAGUGAAGAAAGAUAUUUAGAAAAAGGUUUAAAUUUAGACCAAAUUUAGAUUGAGGCAACAGCUGAUGGGGAGUGUGCAGGUGAAGAUGUUCCUGCUUGUUUCAGAGGAGGCAGGGACGUUGCUGGAUCCUGACAAGAGAGCUUUUCGUAAGGAAGUCAAGAAGGAGAAUUGAGGGAUCAUGGACCCUCUCGUUAAAAUUCCCUGUUAGAGCAUAACAUCAAUUUUGAAAUUCCAUGCAUACAGUGGUGCCUCGCAAGACGAAACUAAUUCGUUCUGUGAGUUUCUUCGUCUUGCGAAUUUUUCGUCUUGCGAAGCACGGAACUGCACUUCUUCAAGCAAUGCGCCUGGUUUUAAGAAAAAGGAAACAAAUUCGCAAGACGUUUUUGUCUUGCGAAGCAAGCCCAUAGGGAAAUUUGUCUUGCGAAGCAACUCUAAAAACGAAAAACUCUUUCGUCUUGCGAGUUUUUCGUUCUUACGAGGCAUUCGUCUUGCGAGGUACCACUGUACCUCUAUUUCAGGGGUGGCCAGCUUCCAAGAGACUGCAAUCUACUCACAGAAUUCAAAACUUGGAGUGAUCUACCCCUGUUUUGUAGGGGUUCAGGUCAAAGUUGUUGAGCUUUUAUUAGCAACUCACCAAAGGAGCGCUGGGGGGGAAACAGCCUCCAGCCUCGGUUUGUAAGCUCUGUCUUCCAUUCUCCAACAAUGGAGGGAGGAUCCGGGAGGGGGUCAGCGAUUGACUGCGAUUGACCAAAACCUCGCAGGGAUCUAUCAGUAGAUCGUGAUCGACCUGUUGGACAGCCCUGCUCUAUUUGAUGAACCUCCACUAUUUGGAAGGAGACCCACAGCAUCUGGGAUUCUAACAUCCACACCGUGAGCCCUGAAUGGAGGGAUAUCAACUGUUUGUGAAUAUUCUUUGUCUAGUCAUGCCUUUUGAAACAAUGACCAGGCUUGUCUGAACCACCCAGGCCUUCUUAAAUGUGGGCUUGAGAGUUUUUAGGGAAGUUUGCAUUUGAUUGACCAAAGAGAUGACCGACCUUGCAUAUGGGGUGGAUUCCAGGAUUGAGCCAAAUCAAAUCUAUCCCAGAUAAAAGCCAAGCAAUAUGUCAGUUAAUAUCAGCCAACAAAGGCAGUGAAAACUAUUGUAAGGCCUCACAUCUAACUUCAGUCCUUCCUUUAUCACAAGCAUUCAUUAACUUUGUUCAGUAAUGGAUGUGAACCACGUCCCCUUCGCUCUGAGUGGGGUUGGGGUCCGGGGCAGCGAUGCAGAGUUAGCACGACUUACCCUAACAUGGCAGUGCAUUGCUGGGGGAGGGGUCAGGUGGUGGGUUUGAUGGUUGUGUGUCAUCUGCGCCCCGGUCACAGUAUGCUGGCAAUGGCACCCCAUUGUUUUCAAGAGAGUCAGGCACCCCUCAGGUGUACUCAAAUGUUGGGGGAUUGAAGAUGCCACACAUCUACAAUGCCGUUAAGUUACACUUCAAGGAUGUCCUCUUGAGGCUGAAAUGGAGCACUCUCGUCACUUAGUGAGUUGGGGGGGGGCGGGGAACUCUGUUCAAUAAUCUGGAGCUCCAUUUCUUCCUGAGGCGAUAUUUAUCUUCUCUCUUCAUUGCAGAUGGUGAUGAAUGGGAAGGGAAGAACAAGGGGGACCACAACAGAAUCCACAUAUCGGAGAAAUCAAAUAAAUAUUCAGAGUAUGGAGAGAACAUCGGCCAGAGCUCCCAGUCCACCUCCCAUCAACGAAAGAGCUUCAUUCGGAGGGAUAGCCUCACUUCACAUGAAAGAAUUCACAGAGGAGAGAAAUUGUAUCACUGCAGAGAAUGUGGAAAGAGCUUCAGUCGAAAGGAUCAUCUCACUUCCCAUCAAAGAAUUCACACGGGGGAGAAACCCUAUCAGUGCUUAGAGUGUGGAAUGAGCUUUAAUCAAAGCAUACAUCUCACUUGCCAUCAAAGAAUUCAUACAGGGGAGAAACCCUAUCAGUGCUUGGAAUGUGGAAAGAGGUUUCAUCAGAAUGGGGAUCUCACUACCCACAAAAGAAUUCAUACAUGGAAGAAACCCUAUCAGUGCCUGGAAUGUGAAAAGAGCUUCAGUCACAGGCAGAGUCUCACUUCCCAUCAAAGAAUUCAUACAGGGGAGAAACCCUUUCAGUGCAUGGAAUGUGGGAAGAGCUUCAGUUGCAACUCAAAUCUCUCUUCCCAUCAAAGAAUUCAUGCAGGGGAGAAACCCUAUCAGUGCCUGGAAUGUGAAAAGAGCUUCAGUCACAGGCAGAGUCUCACUUCCCAUCAAAGAAUUCAUACAGGGGAGAAACCCUAUCAGUGCCUGGAAUGUGAAAAGAGCUUCAGUCACAGGCAGAGUCUCACUUCCCAUCAAAGAAUUCAUACAGGGGAGAAACCCUAUCAGUGCUUGGAAUGUGGAAAGAGGUUUCGUCAGAAUGGGGAUCUCACUACCCACAAAAGAAUUCAUACAGAGGAGAAACCCUAUCAGUGCUUAGAAUGUGGGAAGAGCUUCAGUCGAAAGGACAGUCUCACUUCGCAUCAAAAAGUUCAUACAGGGGAGAAACCCUAUCAGUGCCUGGAAUGUGAAAAGAGCUUCAGUCACAGGCAGAGUCUCACUUCCCAUCAAAGAAUUCAUUCAGGGGAGAAACCCUUUCAGUGCUUGGAAUGUGGGAAGAGCUUUAAUCGAAGCGCACAACUCACUUGCCAUCAAAGAAUUCAUACAGGGAAGAAACCCUAUCAGUGCUUGGAAUGUGGGAAGAGCUUCAGUCGAAAGGACAGUCUCACUUGCCAUCAAAGAAUACAUACAGGGGAGAAAUCCUAUCAGUGCUUAGAAUGUGGGAAGAGCUUCAUUCAAAAGUCCAGGCUCACUUCGCAUCAAAAAGUUCAUACAGGGGAGAAACCCUAUCAGUGCUUGGAAUGUGGGAAAAGCUUCAGUCAGAGCAGAAAUCUCUCUUCCCAUCAAAGAAUUCAUACGGGGGAGAAACCCUAUCAUUGCUUAGAAUGUGGAAUGAGCUUUAAUCAAAUCAUACAUCUCACUUGUCAUCAGAGAAUUCAUACCAGGAAGAAACCCUAUCAGUGCUUGGAAUGUGGAAAGAGGUUUCGUCAGAAUGGGGAUCUCACUAUCCACAAAAGAAUUCAUACAGAGGAGAAACCCUAUCAGUGCUUAGAAUGUGGAAAGAGCUUUAAUCGAAGCUCAAAACUCACUUGCCAUCAAAGAAUUCAUACAGGGGAGAAACCCUAUCAGUGCCUGGAAUGUGAAAAGAGCUUCAGUCACAGGCAGAGUCUCACUUCCCAUCAAAGAAUCCAUACAGGGGAGAAACCCUGUCAGUGCCUGGAAUGUGGGAAGAGCUUCAGUUGCAGCUCAAAUCUCACUUCCCAUCAAAGAAUUCAUUCAGGGGAGAAAUCCUUUCAGUGCUUGGAAUGUGGAAAAAGCUUCAGUCAGAGGCAGGGUCUCACUUCCCAUCAAAGAAUUCAUACAGGGAAGAAACCAUAUCAGUGCUUCGAAUGUGGGAAGAGCUUCCGUCACAGCAAUAGUCUCACUUCCCAUCAAAGAAUUCAUACAGGGGAGAAACCCUAUCAGUGCUUGGAAUGUGGGAAGAGCUUCAGUCGAAAGGACAGUCUCACUUUGCAUCAAAGAAUACAUACAGGGGAGAAAUCCUAUCAGUGCUUAGAAUGUGGGAAGAGCUUCAUUCAAAAGUCCAGGCUCACUUCGCAUCAAAAAGUUCAUACAGGGGAGAAACCCUAUCAGUGCUUGGAAUGUGGGAAGAGCUUCAGUCAGAGCAGCAAUCUCUCUUCCCAUCAAAAACUUCAUAAAGGAGAGAAACCCUUUCAGUGCUUGGAAUGUGGAAAGAGCUUCAGUCACAGCCACAGUCUCACUUCCCAUCAAAGAAUCCAUACGGGGCAGAAACCCUAUCAGUGCUUGGAAUGUGGAAAGAGCUUCAGUCACAGCCAAAGUCUCACUUCCCAUCAAAGAAUCCAUACAGGGGAGAAACCCUAUCAGUGCUUCGAAUGUGGGAAGAGCUUCAGUCACAAAUCACAUCUCACUUCCCAUCAAAGAAUUCAUACAGGGGAGAAACCAUAUCAGUGCUUCGAUUGUGGGAAGAGCUUCAGUCAGAGCCAGAAUCUCGCUUCCCAUCAAAUAAUUCAUACAAGAGAGAAAACCUCUUAG